UGCGGUCAGCACGCUGGCUCCUCCGAGCCGCACCUGAAGGCAGCACCGCCGUUGACUCCGGCAGCAGUCGGCAGUGAUUCGCAGCAGCAGCCAGUGUGGCAGCUGGGAAUGUGAGAGGGCUUCAACACAGUCCGCUAUUUUCAGGGACUAGGAACAGUGAGCAGGGCUGGCCAAAGGGGAAAGAGGCUCAGUCACACACAGCUCUGCUCCUAACCAAAGCACGGUGGCUUAAUUUGAAGUCCAAACGGGCGACCUGCGUUUGCCUGUCGGUGUGUUCACGGACCGCAUCAGAUGGUCAACGGACAGCCGUUUGUGGCUCACCGCCGGGCUGCAUGCUAGAGAGGAGCACCGCGUUUGUUUCCUCCUCCUCCACCUCCACCACCUCUACAGUCCGUGUACGAACAAUAACUAACACCUUACCUCCUGCCUGGUGAGUCCGGUUAAAAAAUGCAGUGAAGGUGUCACCCGUUCACUCGGUUAAAUGUGCCUGUUUCACCGCUACGACGCCAACGACGAUGGACUGAAAUCUGCGGCGGGAGCGAGCGACACACAACCUGCCGCGAUUUCACGCAUGUAAAUAAAUAAAUGAUAGAGGAUACAAUGACCCUGCUGUCUCUGUUAGGUCGGAUCAUGCGUUAUUUUCUGCUCAGACCGGAGACCUUGUUCCUGCUGUGUAUCAGCCUGGCUCUGUGGAGUUACUUCUUCCACACGGACGAAGUGAAGACCAUCGUCAAGUCCAGCCGGGAUGCGGUCAAGAUGGUCAAGGGGAAAGUGGCGGAGAUGAUGCAGAACGAGCGCUUCGGCGGGCUGGACGUCCUGGACGCGGAGUUCUCCAAGACAUGGGAAUUCAAGAGCAACAACGUGGCCGUGUACUCCAUCCAAGGCCGGCGAGACCACAUGGAGGACAGGUUCGAGGUGCUGACGGACAUCGUCAACAAGAGUCACCCGUCUAUAUUUGGAGUUUUUGACGGACACGGAGGAGAGGCUGCUGCUGACUUUGCCAAGGCCCACCUGCCUGAGGCUCUCCGCCAGCAGCUACUGACCUAUGAAAGGGAGAAAGAACGAGACAGAGAAAAAGACAAGGAGAAAGAUGAAAAGAAGGAGAGAGGAGGCCUGUCCUAUCCGUCCAUCCUGGAGCAGCAGAUCCUGUCGUUGGACAGAGAAAUGCUGGAAAAGCUCUCCGCCACUUACAAUGAAGCAGGUACUACCUGUCUGGUGGCCCUGCUGUCUGAUAAGGAGCUGACGGUGGCCAACGUCGGAGACUCGCGCGGAGUUCUUUGCGAUAAAGACGGCAACGCCAUCCCUCUGUCACACGACCACAAACCUUACCAGCUCAAAGAACGCAAGAGGAUCAAGAAGGCCGGUGGGUUCAUCAGCUUCAACGGCUCGUGGCGCGUGCAGGGCAUCUUGGCCAUGUCCCGUUCUCUGGGCGAUUACCCGCUGAAGAACCUCAACGUGGUCGUUCCUGAUCCUGACAUCAUGUCGUUUGACCUGAACAAGCUGCAGCCCGAGUUCAUGAUUCUGGCGUCGGACGGGCUGUGGGACACCUUCAGCAACGAGGAGGCGGUUCGCUUCAUCAGGGAGAGACUGGACGAGCCUCAUCUCGGCGCCAAGAGCAUCGUCCUCCAGUCCUUCUAUCGCGGUUGCCCUGACAACAUCACCGUCAUGGUGGUCAAGUUUAAAGGCAAGGGCAGCGAGCAGUAGACCGCUCGUCUACCACACACAAUAUCUAUAUUACGUUUGAGUAUCAAUAAGAAUAAAAUAGGCUUAAGAUGAAAGAUUUAAAAACCGAGCCCGCAACUUUUUGAGUGAGAACAAUUUCUGUCACAGAUAUUUACAGAAGUUAGCAUCAAACCACGCCCCGUCCCUCCUCUGCUCUACUUCUACUGCUGAAAAAAGUGGCACCUGUAAGAAAACGUCUUUCUUUUAGGCUUAUUAGCCAUAUCGUUCAGACACCGUAACACGAGCUGGGUCACUGUUAUGCAAUUAAACAGAUUUAGCUCUGUGCAGCUGCACACACUGUAUAAUUUGUAUGUAAGUGUGUGAGAGAGUGUGUGUGUGUGUGUGUGUGUGUGUGUAAUAUAUGUCUGUCUUUGACAAGUGUCACCUUAACAACCAAUCCAUUGUCUAGCCAAUACUGAGAAAUUUAAAGUAUACAAGAUCGCAUGGAGUUUCCACAUCCAUUCAAACAUGAUGUCUUUCACUCGAUGUCUGUGUGACCACUAGUUUUAUAUUUUUAGCUUCAUAACUCUGUUUCCAGGUCGUUUAGCUGUAUCCACGUCUACAAAGUGUCUGCACUGAAAAGUCGUUUAACACACAAUGGCAGGUUAUUCAUUUUUCUUCCCCCCCUGGAUCAAACACACUUCACUGGUGCAACUCAUCAGUAUGACUUUAUUCCCUUUAUACAUGAACAACACAGCUGAUAUGAAAAUAUGCAUAUGCUCGUUCAGAUAUCAUCGCUCAUACUGUACAGCGAGAGAACUUCUUACAGUGUCAUAUCACACUCGCUGAACACGGCGACCCCUUGAGUGUUUUCUUUAUUUUUUUAAAGUUUAGCUGUUCUCUUAAUGAUUGCUGUUAAAUAAAUUCUCAUUUCUCUUCUGAUUGUUGGUGCAUUGUUAAGACUUAAAAAAAAGAAAAAAAGAAGCUGAGUCUACCUUCAGUUCAGCUCUCAACUACUACUGAUGAUGUAAGAACUGUUGGAUGAAGCAGCAAGUGUAACAAAAUCUCACUUUAAAUUGGUUAAUUUGGCGUUUUAAGCCAAUACCCACACAUUGUAGCAUCUCUUUAUGACUCCUAACUGUUAGUUAUCAAAGUUUAUCACAUGUUGUCUGAUUUAAACUCAUAAAAAGAAGGUAAUAAUUGAGCUAUCACAUAAUAAUUGGCGGUUAUAAUUUUAAUAUUAUUUAGGAAAAAACAUUUUUUUAACAUGCUGUUGCUUUAUCUGACUCUUCUUACAUGAUCAUUGACUGCAGACUACAUGGGAUGUAUAAAUAUACAUAAACUGACAACUUACUGUUAUAGUGUCAUCUUUAAUGUCUGUUUCACUUAGAGAAACAUCCUGAUACAGAUCAUAUAUCAUAUUUCUCUCCACCGUAAUUCAAAAUGUAACAAGCCUUUGAAUGAAAUGUGUUAUUGUUGCCUUAUUUUUUUAACUGUUCAUCUCCGGUUAUGAACUCUGCUGCCAAAACUCAGUUUGUUUUGUUUAUUUUUUUUAGAAACAUGUAACGCAGUCGAUCAUACCACACACACUGCACGGGCCUCAGUGUCGCACUUUGUCAACUCACAUGUAGAAUACCAUCUAUGAAAGUCUCCGAGAGACACGACAUUGUAAGAUGAUUGUACAUACUGUCCUCAUGUUAGUAUCACCCCUCCACUGUUUAUAGAA